CCGGCGCAUGCGCGGAUCCUCCAGUCUUCUGCAGUCUGACAUCCCGGCCAGGAAGAGAAGAAGAAGAAGAAGAGAUGGCAGCUUAUAAGAUCGUCCUGAUCCGCCAUGGGGAGAGCACCUGGAACCAGGAGAACCGCUUCUGUGGCUGGUUCGAUGCCGACCUCAGCGAGACCGGGGUGCAGGAGGCCAAGAGGGGGGGCCAGGCCCUGAGAGAUGCCGACUACAAGUUUGACAUUUGCUACACGUCUGUCCUGAAGAGGGCGAUCCGCACCUUAUGGCUGGCCAUGGACGCCACCGACCAGAUGUGGACGCCGGUCAUCAGGACCUGGAGGCUGAACGAGAGGCACUACGGCGGGCUGACCGGCCUGAACAAAGCCGAGACGGCCGCUAAACACGGGGAGGCGCAGGUGAAGAUCUGGAGGCGGUCCUUUGACACCCCUCCCCCGACCAUGGACCCCGAUCACGAUUAUUACACCAUCAUCACCAAGGAUCGCCGUUACAGCGACUUGACGGAAGACCAGCUCCCCAGCUGUGAAAGUCUGAAGGACACCAUCGCCCGCGCCCUGCCGUUCUGGAAUGAUGAGAUCGUUCCAAAGAUCAAAGAAGGGAAGAGGGUCCUCAUCGUCGCCCAUGGCAACAGCCUUAGAGGGAUCGUCAAGCACCUGGAAAAUAUGUCCGAGGAGCAGAUCAUGGAGCUGAACCUUCCCACCGGUAUCCCCAUCGUAUACGAGUUGGACAAGAACCUGAAGCCCAUCAAGCCAAUGCAGUUCCUGGGAGACGAGGAGACGGUGCGCAAAGCCAUGGAGGCCGUAGCGGCCCAAGGAAAAGCCAAGUAGGGGGGUUUCUUCCCCCCCCUCCCCCGAGAACCCUCGCCUUCCAUCCCUUAGUUUUUACUUUUUAUCUCGGGAUUCCGAAAUGCAGCUGUACCGGAAACCUUGCAUCUAGGCAGCCGCCCAUUCACUUGUUCUCGUUACCCAUAAUGCAUCUCUCCACUGCGUUCCGUUCACCCCGUUUGUUUUUGUUUUUUUAAUAGGACUAGCUAGAGUAUGUGUCGUAAUUUAAGGAUGUUCGUGAAACGCGUCAGUUAUUGACACAUGGCAGCAAAUCAUGAUCAAUCGGUUAGAAGUGUGUUCAGGUUCAGGUUGCUUAAAGGGCAGUAAUGAAGUGCAGAGUGCAGUCACUCAUAGCAACCUACCAGGAAUUUUAUUGGGGGGGGUUGUUGCACUGUGCUCGUUGCCCUUUGUGCAGUCUCUGUAAACGGGGGCCCAUGUGUCUCCUCCUGUAAAUGGGGGCCCAUGGUGUCUCUAGGGGGCCCAUGGUGUCUCCUGUAAAUGGGAGCCCAUGGUGUCUCUAGGGGGCCCAUGGUGUCUCCUGUAAAUGGGAGCCCAUGGUGUCUCUAGGGGGCCCAUGGUGUCUCCUCCUGUAAACAGGGGCCCAUGGUGUCUCCUCCUGUAAACAGGGGCCCAUGGUGUCUCCUCCUGUAAAUGGGGGCCCAUGGUGUCUCUAGGGGGCCCAUGGUGUGUCCUCCUGUAAAUGGGGACCCAUGGUGUCUCUAAGGGGCCCAUGGUGUCUCCUCCUGUAAACGGGGGCCCAUGGUGUCUCCUCCUGUAUAUGGGGGCCCAUGGUGUCUCUAGGGGGCCCAUGGUGUGUCCUCCUGUAUAUGGAGGCCCAUGGUGUCUCUAGGGGACCCAUGGUGUCUCUAGGGGGCCCAUGGUGUGUCCUCCUGUAAACGGGGACCCAUGGUGUCUCUAGGGGGCCCAUGGUGUGUCCUCCUGUAAACGGGGACCCAUGGUGUCUCUAGGGGGCCCAUGGUGUGUCCUUCUGUAAACGGGGACCCAUGGUGUCUCUAGGGGGCCCAUGGUGUCUCCUCCUGUAUAUGGGGACCCAUGGUGUCUCUAGGGGGCCCAUGGUGUGUCCUCCUGUAAACGGGGGCCCAUGGUGUCUCUAGGGGGCCCAUGGUGUCUCCUCCUGUAAACGGGGGCCCAUGGUGUCUCCUCCUGUAAACGGGGGCCCAUGGUGUCUCCUCCUGUAAACGGGGGCCCAUGGUGUCUCUAGGGGGGCCAUGGUGUCUCCUCCUGUAAACGGGGGCCCAUGGUGUCUCUAGGGGGGCCAUGGUGUCUCCUCCUGUAAACGGGGGCCCAUGGUGUCUCUAGGGGGCCGUCUGUAAACGGGCCCCAUGUGUCUCUAGGGGGGCCCAUGGUGUCUCUAGGGGGCCGUCUGUAAACUGGCCCCAUGUGUCUCUAGGAGCCCCAUGUGUGUGACCAAACCUUUUAUACAUUUCACUGUUUUUUUGUUAACACUUCUUCUUUCUUUCCCCCAAUCACAUGCUGUAGAUUUUUUGUUAGCUGUUGUUUAUUUGCACGGACCAAUCACAUUCUUCACCAUGCACUGAAAUCGCCCCCCCCCCCCCCCCCCCCCCCCGCACGUCUUGUGCCUGAGGCAGAGUGUUGUGCGGAUCGCCUCCAAGCUCCAGUUUUUCUUCCGGUUCUCCGGUUUUUCCUGUUUCUGAUCUCUGUAAUUCUUCUGGCCUCGGCCCUCUGGCUCCUCGUGUUGUCCCCCCGCUGAGCACCCCAACACCGGUAGACGUUCAGAAGCUGGAGGGCCACAGGGAUGCCUUGGCGGAGUCCUUCUAUUCCAGUUCGGCUCCGCGUGGGCGGGGCGUUGCUCUAGUAUGACGGUUAGUACAUAAGCCAAUGCCGGCAGGUCAGUUUAUCAAUGUAGGUGAGCCAAGGACCAGCUUCCUGUUCUGACACUGAGACAUUCCAGAGAGAUCGGGGGCCCCUGGGGGGGGGGGGGGGGGGGCCACACGAUGUCACACUGUAGCCAUUUCCACCCGGCCUGAAUUUCCCACAGUUCCCUCCUGCAGGACACGACGGUACCGAUCGCGCGUAACGUGCAUUGAUCGCGUGUAACGUGCAUUGAUCGCGUGUAACGUGCAUUGAUCGCGUGUAACGUGCAUUGAUCGCGUGUAACGUGCGUUGUUCCAUCUCUGCUGCUAGAUAGAGGAUUAGGAGCUCCGCCUGUAAAGUGAACCCCUAUUCCGGCACUUGUUAUAUGACGGUUUGUUUGUCCAUUUUAUUUAAGAUCAUUUCAAUAAAGGAGUGAUGUGCAAUGAU